AUGCGUUCGUACCAUCGUCCGAUCUACCAGGAACCGACGACUAUCCUUAGCAACCUGAUCGAUCGGCUAGUAAAAGCGGGUUUGCGGGAUGAACUCGAACGACUUCUGUCGGGUGUCGACGGUUUUGAGGAGGUGUUCAACAUUGGCGAGUACGCUGAACGGGAUCCAAUCAAGGAACAGUUGGCCAACGAUUUCCGGCUGCUUUUCCCGAUCGUCGUGCGAACUUUGGGUGGCCUGCAAGUUGGUGAUGCGAUCGAGGGCCCGCUCCAAAGCAAGCUGCGUGACGUGUUUAAUGAUUUCCAGUCACUUCUGGCAAGCAUGAUGCACUCGGAAAGCUCCGUAAUUCAGGACAUUGAAAAGUUGCCGCAAGCUGCGAGCGAUCGGGCGCGAAAAUACCAGUCGCGAGGUCCUGGAACACAACGUACUGCACCGGUCGUGGAGGAAACGGUGUAUACGACGGAAAUGCCUGCCGCCUUGUACAGAGCCGAUGCAAAUGACUACGAUUUGGAAGAUGAACGAGCUUCACCGAUCGUCCUAGAAGCCGCUCAGGACGUUGAUAAAAACAUGGAGACUGAAAAGCUGUUGCAGUUUUUCCCAGACGGCAGUGACGCAAAAUACGAGCUAAGUCUAGGGCCGGAUCUAUUGUCACAAGAGCGCGAUUCUGACGAGACGGACGACGACACGGAGGUGAUCGUGUUGACGGAGGACGCAAAUCUAGUGAAAAAUUCCCUGCAAUCCGUAGAAGGUAGCGGACCGAUGGCAGUGUUAGUGAAGGAUCCGGAAAUGGCCGCACUGAUACCACACAUUAUCGAACAGCUACGCAUGGAAAACGUGACGCCGGAGGAAAAGGCAACGCUGGCAGAAAUCUUCGACGACCUGUGGCCGCUGAUGGAGGCCGAGGCAACCCGAAAGCAGUAG